AUGCAAAACAUUCCCUCUAUUUUGCGCAAUUGCCGACAGUGUUUGCUAGUAUUGGAAUCAUUUGUGAAAGGUGAUAGAGACCAUAGCUUCACAGUACUAUUUAAUUUUACGGUGAUUCUACUUUUCGCAGUGGUGCUACAGCAGCCUCAGCCUUCGCGGUUGUACGGUUUUGUGCUGUUCGAUGCUAUUGCCGUGGCCUUCGCUUGUGGUGUUGUGAAGUCGUCUUACAUUGCUAGGUGGUCAUCGUUUGCCGUCAUCCAGGACCAUAGGUUGUGA